CACAGAGGACCCAAGUUGGCGAAUGUUAAAAUGUCCAUCUGCACUCGAACUUUGAUUUUGUCAGUAGCUUGCUCGUUCGAGCUGAUGCAAGUCCCCGAAGUGACUGGAGUUGUCGAUGCACUCCAUAACUCCACUAUCUUUGCUUAAUCUCGAUGUAGCCCCACAUCUGAGCCACCUCUCACAUUUGACGGGAGCAAAAUGCACGCCAAACACACUCAGAUACAAAAGGCUCGAUUGACUUCUGUCAAUUUGAGCCAUCUAUGGCGCCGCCGGGAUAUCCGUUUGUCUAUUAAGGGUCGCGUGUACUGCACACCAGUCUGGUGUGUUCUCCUGUGUGGCUGUGAAACAUGGCCAUUGAAAGUGGAAGAUAUGAGAAAACUUCAAGUGUUUGACCACCGUUGCCUUCGUAGUAUAGGUCGUAUUCCGUGGUGUCACCACGUGAGUAAUGCAGAAGUCAGGAGUAGAGGUAAAUCAGUUGGCAAGGUUAUCAACCUUAAUCGACUGAGGUGGUUGAGACACGUACUACGUAUGCCCAGUCACCAAUUGCCUCGUCAUACAAUGUUGGCCGAAGUAGGCCCAGGCUGGAAAGUGGCUCGAGGUGGCCAGACUAAAACAUGGCAUCAACGUAUGAAGUCUCUGUUUGUUGGUAUGAGCCAUAUGGGGCGAUGCAGACUAGGUGGUUGGGGUGUGUGGGACAAGAGGAACCAGUGGUUGGAGAGUCUAGGUGAUAUGGGUCAGAACCGAUGUCAGUGGCGCAGAUGUAUCCCCACACACAUUAUCCUCAUCUUAACGACGCUAUACCGGACCUCACAAUUUUAUGUCUCCUCUUUCCUUUCUUCUCGUACUUAAUAUUUCUUUUGUCUUCAUUCUCUUAUCUUCAUGCUUCACCUCACUAUCUUUCUACUUGAUGAAGUGACGUGAGGUGUGGCAACUCUGACCGUUACGUAGUAAUGCCUGGUCCUAUGCUGAUAUUGACUGAUUGACUGA